CACCCCGACGAUACCUGCCUGCACCUCCCUAUGCGAGCUAGCUAUAAACAAUAGUAACUGUAGGAGGGAUUCAGAAGAAGUUCAUAAAUCUUGGUGGAUGACAAACAGUGACUUUUCCUUCGCCGAGCAGAUCCUGAAAAAACACCCGACACGACGGCGAAAAAGACGUCGACGUGAAGUAAGCAGCAUGUCAUUAGAGCUCAACGUGGAGACGCUCGUCGUGGCGGACAAGUUGAUGAACAGUUACCACGAGGAUUAUAUCGAGUCCUACUUACUCACCCUCAUGAAUAUUGUUGCUGAUCUUUAUCAUGAUGCCAGUGUGGGAAAUUUAAUCAACAUUGUCAUCUCUAGGAUCAUCCUCGUCUUACAAGAUCAGGAAGAUCUAUCCCUGGGCCACCAUGCAGACAUGUCUUUACAGAGUUUCUGUCAGUGGCAGCGAAGACUUGGCCCACCAGAGAAUCUCACUGAAGAAGACGGAAACUUCAAGAAACACGACAACGCUAUUCUGAUUACCAGAUAUGAUAUCUGUAUGUUGAAGAAUCAGCCAUGUGGAACAAUAGGUUUGGCCCCAGUUGGUGUGAUGUGCAACCCGUCCCAAAGUUGUAACAUUAAUGAAGACACAGGUUUAGCAACUGCGUUUACUAUCGCUCACGAGAUUGGGCAUAAUUUUGGUAUGAAACAUGAUGGAGAUGGUAAUGCCUGUGGAUCGAGAGGAGGCAUCAUGGCUGACCAGAUCACUGAGAACACAGAUCCGUUUGCAUGGUCGACCUGCAGUCAAGAAUAUAUCACAAACUACAUCGAUUCUGGCAAAGCAGAAUGUCUUGUCAACCCUCCAGAGCUGGUCAACUACGGCUUCCCGACAGCGAUGCCUGGUGAACUAGUAGACGGAGACCAUCAAUGUAGGUUACAGUACGGGCCCGAAGUCAAGGCGUGUAACACAAAUAGUAUCUGUCGGGAGUUGACUUGCCUGAAGCCAGGAUCACGGUCUUGCUGGAGAACAAACACACCAGCGGCUGAGGGGACGCAAUGUCAGACACCAAACGUUCUUGACGGGUGGUGCUAUCGAGGGGACUGUGUGAUGUAUGGGUUGAGGCCCGAGGCCGUCGAUGGGGGCUGGGGAACCUGGUCUGCGUGGAGUUCAUGCUCACGGACGUGCGGAGGGGGAGUCACUGUGUCGGAGAGACUGUGCAACAGCCCCAGACCUACUCACCGAGGAUUGUACUGCACUGGAGAGAGAAGUCAAUAUAAGUCCUGCAAUAUCGAUGAUUGCCCUGAUCACUCCAGGGAUUUCCGAUCCGUCCAGUGCUCCAACUUCAACAAUGAGCCAUACAGUGGCCGGUACUACGUCUGGGAACCUUACAUUAGUCAAGACAUGGACGCCUGUGAGCUGACGUGUAUCACAACCGGCGGUGAGCACUUCAGGAAAGUGGAUAAGGUUGUUGACGGGACGAGGUGCUACCCAGAGAAAAUCGCUCCUCAGGUCUUGGACGUCUGCAUCUAUAAGAAAUGCCAUCAUGUGGGUUGCGAUAAAAUCUUAGGAUCGGAUGUCACCGAGGAUAAGUGUCGCAUAUGCGGGGGUGACGGUAGCACUUGUGAGACGGUCUCCAAAAACUUCACACAGACGUUGUCUGCCGGCGACUACCAUGAAAUCUUCACCAUCCCCCGGGGGUCUGUCCACAUCAAGAUCGAGGAAAUGGCCGUCUCCAGAAACUACUUAGCCUUGAAGUCGGUGAACAAUGACUAUUACCUGAAUGCAGAAUGGAUAAUAGAUUGGCCUAAAGCUUACGAAGUCAGUGGAACGACUUUCAAGUACGAGAGACCGGAUAAUGAUGCCGAGUCCCUGACUGCCUUAGGACCAAUCAACGAGGAACUUGUAGUUAUGCUAUUAGUGCAAGAAGACCAGCAGGGUAUAUCCUAUUCAUACAAUCAGCCGGUAACCAGACAGGGUAGCGGUAACGAUGAAGUGGUUUUCAUCUGGCAUUGGAGUGCUUGGUCCGUGUGCUCGGCAACUUGUGCUGGGGGUGAAUCUGUAGCAGAGGUCCAGUGCAUUCGCUAUGACGAUAAGACGGUAGUAUCAGACACCUUCUGUAAUGCUGGAACCAAGCCAAGCCGGAGGAAGGAACCCUGUAACACGGAACCCUGUCCACCUGUCUGGUCUGAAGGAGCGUGGUCAGACUGCAGCCAGACCUGUGGUGGUGGUCAGAAGACUCGAGCAGUCCUCUGCAUGAUGAAAGUGACCCAGUUAGAGGAAGAGGUAGUCGAUGAAGCCCAGUGUACCAAACGUAAACCCAUCGACCGUAUGAACUGUGGCAUGCAGGAAUGCCCUCCACAGUGGGUCGCUGAUGCAUGGGGUCAGUGUAUGCCAAGCUGUGGUCAAGGGCACCAGACUAGACGAGUAGCUUGUAUGAGCAGUGAUGGUAGACCCUACCCUAACAUGUGUAACUGGGCAACGAGACCAUCCGCUAUCAGGGAAUGCCAAACAGCUGGGUGUCCACCGCCUAAAUGGGUGACUGGUGACUGGAGUGAGUGCAGUGCAAAGUGUGGUAGAGGCCAGCAGCAACGUCGGGUCCGUUGUUUAUCCUACAACAAUGUUCAGCUUGGUACGUCAUACUGCAAUCGAUCCCUCAUGCCAAGUGCACAGCAACAAUGUGAAAGCGCUUGUGUUGUACGACCUACGGACCAAGAAGAUUGUCAAGAUGCUGCCUCGGUCCAAUACUGCCCUCUUGUGGUGAGAUACAAAUUCUGUAACAACGAGUAUUUCCGCAAAAUGUGUUGUCACAGCUGCAGCACCCAAUAAAACGCCCCAAAAGGGUAGCGGCAAAGCAAGAGGAGAACAAACCAACAUGCCCUGAAGUAGAGCUGCUUGUAUUUACAAGGUGGAGCAGAACUUCCGUAACUUAGUAUUUUCUGUUUAAAAAACACAAAGAGUUUUGGAUUCGUGAGGGAUCAGACAUGAAGUUAAUCGAGGAUACUAGUGGCUGCAAUUGUUAACCUUCGACCCAGAUGAGGCGGAUCCUACAAACCUCAAACCUCAGAGGCUGAUGAGACUGUGAGGAGAAUCAAGGAUACUAGUAGCUGCAAUUGAGAACCUUCGACCCAGAUGAGGCUGAUCCUACAAACCUCAGACCUCAGAGGCUGACUACAGAUACCUCAGUAGUUCUACAAGUGGACACAUUGACACAAUACUUGUGAGGAUGACAUCCAAUACUUAAAUAGAUCAUUUGAAUGUCUCAGCUUACCCAUGUUGUCCAAACGGUAUCAACCCAAACUACAAGUUGUUAUGAGGAACACCUCACUCAGAUAGAGAGCAGUGGAGAUCACCUCAAAGGUUGUACCUCUAACCUGUUUGGAACCAAUCGGGGUAUAACCAAGUCCUCAAUCAGGAAACAUUUUGAUGACACAUCUGAACACCUCAAUCGGGAUAUAGGCUUACACAAAUGAACCAUAGUAAUAGGUGUACCUCUAACCUGUUUGGAAACAAUCGGGAUAUAAAAAGUUGUCAAUCAGGAAACAUUUUGCUGACACAACACCUGAACACCCCAAUUGGGAUAUAUUCUUCCCCUAAAUGAUAACUCUUCACCAAUCAAACUAUAACUCAGUUGGAAACCUUUUUGGUGACGGCGAUACCUUUUAUCGCAAACUUGUUUCAUUGAAUGCCCAGGAAUUUUACUUUAACCCAAGCUUGUCCGCAAGCCUGAGCCAUCAGUCAGAGAAUUGAGAAGAUUCAGAGAGCGCGUAAGGAUAAGUUAUUAAAGCUGCGGAGUUUGAUGUCGAGGAUGUACAGAUAAUGAAAAGACCAAGGAAGAAGAAGGCUUGUGGAUAUUUUUGUAUUUAUUUAUAAAGAAAGAAAACCUGGAUAAUCAAUAAAAAUAUAGUUUUUAUUUUCUCUGUAAAAAAGCCAGUUAUGUACACUGUAUUUUUACCGUCCAUGUUUAUAAAGGGUUUUUGUUUUGUAUGGAAUAAAGACCUUUUCGUGAUUAUUUUUACUAUUGUAUGGUUGUGAAACCUUGUAGAAACACCAGAAAUCUUUGGUUUGAAAUCUGUACACAGGAUUAGUAGUUGUAAAAUGUUCAUUUGAAUAUGGAUUGGUUGAAGAUUCUACCACUCAAAAUAACAAUUGAAAAAUUUAUACAGAAACGUUUAUAGACAAUGUGACCUAUGUUUACGUUCAAACCGCCCUCUGUUGA